AUGCAGGAGCAGCGAUGGUGGGAAAAAAAGGGCCGCACCGUCCCCGCACCAUCCUGCGCAACCUCCAGCUUCUCCCACAUCGCCCACAGACGCGCUUCUGACAAACCCAAUCCCAAGAUGGCGGACCAGGACAUUGAGCACUACCUCAAGCAGACGCACGACCGCGUCUUCGAGAACAACCGGCGCUGGGCCGAGGAGAAGAAGAAGCAGGACCCCAACUUCUUCGUCAGCCUGUCGGAGGGCCAGUCGCCCGAGUACCUCUGGAUCGGCUGCAGCGACUCGCGCAUCCCCGCCGAGCAGAUCACGGGCCUCGAGCCCGGCGAGGCCUUCAUCCACCGCAACAUCGCCAACAUGGUCAAUAACAUCGACCUCAACGUCAUGAGCGUCAUUAACUAUGCCGUCCGCCACCUGAAGGUCAAGCACAUCGUCGUCUGCGGCCACUACGGCUGCGGCGGCGUCAAGGCCGCCAUGACCCCCAAGGACCUCGGCCUGCUGAACCCGUGGCUGCGCAACAUCCGCGACGUCUACCGCCUGCACGAGGCCGAGCUCGACGCCAUCGCCGACGAGGACGCCCGAUACGACCGCCUCGUCGAGCUCAACGUCGUCGAGCAGUGCCGCAACGUCAUCAAGACGGCCGCCAUCCAGCAGUCGUACGCCAAGAACAAGUUCCCCAUUGUCCACGGCUGGGUCUUUGGCUUCAACGACGGUCUUCUCAAGGACCUGAAGAUCGACCACAAGUCCAUGCUGCACGACAUCCAGAAGCUCUACCACCUCCCGGGCGCCGACUUCUGA